CGUGACCCAGCAUAGACUGUGCGUAAACUGGGAGGGAGUUGAAAGACAUUGAGAGGUUCCUGCACGUCGAAAACAUAGUCGAAAAUCCCCUGUGUAGAACUGGUUUUCAUCGAGUGGCGACUCUUCGUACAAUUAGUUUGCUUGGUAAGCUGUCACAGUGAGCAUCGUCACGUUAUUACAGUCGCCGCUGCAAUCCAUGGAUACGCCAUAAUGGACUAUCUACCGAUCGCUUUGUCACUGGUGGUGCUGCUCGUUGCUCUCUAUCACUCUACCACGGAAUCACAAUUUGUUCAAGAAGCAUGGAAUCGUGCACGUUCCGCCGACGCCGCUGUUUGGGAUCGUUCGCAAAACGGCAGAUCACCAUAUCGGAUUUAAUUGUCAAGGCUUAUCAACUAGAUCUCAAAGCGAAAUACAUCGGUUUCUACGAAUUUCUCACGCCGAUAAUUGUACUGAGAGAUCUAGAUCUGAUCAAGACUGUCAUUAUGAAGAACGUCAACCAAUUUUCAGACCAUCGUCCGCUAGUGAACAGAAAAGUGGAUCCCAUGCUGGGAGGAAUGCCAUUUAUGCUGAACGGUGAUCAAUGGAAGGAUCACAGAAACAUGCUAUCACCGACGUUCACCUCCAGCAAGAUAAAAACCAUUUUCAAACUGAUGUCGGAAUGCGUAAGCAGAUUCGCCGAGCAUUUGUAGAAUUUAUC